UUUUAUUUUGGUCAGCUGACUUAGCCGGGAGAAUCAACAGAAAUGGCUGUAAGCUGGACCGAGCACACGCAGAGGUACGCGAGACCGAAAAAAGCAGGAGGCAAAAGGAAAGCUGCAAAUAAUCUGCUGCAAUAAAAAAGAAAAGAAAACUUUGCAAGAAAGGAAGUUGAUGCAAGACAGGCAAGUGCAUGAAAGAAAGCAGAAGAGAGUAGAGAAAGAAAGGCAGCGAGGACUAAAACAGAGCGAUCAUACAAGCAAAUAAAAACUAAAAGGAGAGGAAGAAGCAGACAGGAAGGUUAGAAAUAGUGGAGGCGAGAAACAGGAAGGCAAAAAAGAAAAGGGGAGGUUGCGCUUCUGUUAGAAGAGCCCUCAUCUCACUUCGAUGAAGUUACUUCCAGCUUAUGGUGUUUUCGAUAAUUGUGUCCCAGCAGGUGAUAUGGUGGAGGACGUGAGCUGCCCGUCUCACUCUCCCUGACCAUGGACAGUCAUAAUCGACAGCAGCCGAGCGACAGCAGCGAUGAGGAAGAGAAUCGUUUUUCCCGGUACAUGGAUGAAAAUGGAGUCAUUGGAAUGGAUGAAGAAGAGCUGCUGGGGGUGGACAGUCAAGGCGAUCUAGAAGGAGAUGAGGAGCAGGUGCUGGCUUUUGAUGAAGAGGGCAUGAUGGAGAUGUAUAAAGAUGGCGUUCCCUAUGCAGGAACCCCAUCAGAAGAUGAAAGAUUUGGGGUCCCUAGCUGGCAAGAAGAUUUCAGUUUGUCUGGGGUGGCAGAGGAAAGAGCCGAAACGUUGAGGAAUGGCGAUGGUAUCGUCAGUCAUGAUACAGAGGUUCACAGCUUAUUGGACCACCCGAGUAGAUCAGUUACAUUGCCAUCUGCAUUAGAUCGUCAUCCCCCAAGCAGAGACCAACAACUGGAUAUGACUGAAGAUGAGGUGGAUCGAGGGAGUUCGCUGGGAGCGUGGGAUGAAGAUGAUAAUUGGAAUCAAACACAGUCAGAACUUCUGGAUGAAAGUCCCGGACAUAGAAGGUAUGAAGAAUAUGAGCAAACAUCAUUGAGAGAAGAGCACUUGGACGAAAACCCUAAGGAUGAGGUGGAUUAUUCUGAAAGCCUAGACGAUCAGGAAGAUUGUGGUAUCGCCGAAUCCCCAUCUCCAUCAUCCCCUCCCGUUCCCAGUACUUGGGACACCAGACUCAUGAGUCGUUUCGGUAGGUUAAGCAUUACCCCUAGGAUAGAAGAUGAAACUUUGCCAGAGUCUUCAUGUACAGAAAGUGGGGGAAUCCCAGAAGCCAUCCCGGGUCAAAUCCCUACAAAUGUCUCCAAACUUACUAGGGACUCUAAACAGGCCAGGAACGUAAGAUCUAAGCCCACGUCAGCACCUACCAGGACACAACAUGUGGAGCCCUCCACCGUGAGAAGAGGCAAACAUUCAACCACACCUCUGUAUGGCAGAGGACAAUUGAACUACCCCUUGCCUGAUUUUUCCAAAGUUGGGCCCAAAGUCCGAUUUCCCCGUGAUGAAGAGGGAUAUCGUCCUCCUCAGCCUCGCAGACCAGAAAAGCAAAACCUAAGCGCUCCUGUGAUCUUCAAGUCUCCAGCAGAGAUAGUGAGGGAGGUUCUGCUUAGCAGUACAGAAAGGCCUGUUCAGGAACCUGUUGUACCACCUGCUGUACCACAAGAAUUCAAGACUCCGCAACAAGCCACUGUGCUGGUCCAUCAGCUGCAGGAGGAUUACCACAAGCUGCUCACUAAGUACGCCGAAGCUGAAAAUACCAUUGACCGCCUGAGACUGGGAGCUAAAGUACAUCUCUACUCAGACCCACCGCAACCAAGUCACAGUAUUGAGAUGGGAACAGUCACCCAGGGCACAAAAGUUAUGGAGUUUUCCAUACCACACGCUCAAGCUGCAACUUUCAGCUCAGUAAAUGAUCAUCAUGGGGCAACUGAAGUGGACUUAGGUUCCUCUGAGCACCGGAAACCCUCUGUGACCCCCCCAGUCUAUACCUUACCAGAACCCUCAGGUUCCUCCUCUCUUCAUCCACCUGAAGACGUUGCCUCCACUCUGAUGUCACACUUAGAGACCCUUCACCAAGAGGUCGAACUUCUUGAAGAAUUGCUGCGCAGCGAGAACCUGACUCCUGAAGAACAGCGGCAGGCAGUGCAGGAAUUGUGUGGUUCCCUGGAUGUGCUGGAAAGAAGAUAUUUAAAGGCUCAAGAACAGCAACGUACUGGUUCUGGGAACCUGACUGGCGAGCUAGAUCCACAAAGGGAACUCGAAGAAGCCAUAUUCCAACUGGGCGUCCAACUGGAAGAGAUACAGGAACGAGUAGAAAACUCUUCACAAUCAGAAAAUAACUUAAAAGACACUCUUACAACUCAUCAUUUAGGAAGUGCUCCAGUUCCAUCAGCCUCAGUGCCUACGCCAGCCCUUCAAACCCCAUACCCUCAGAUCUCAUCUCCAGAGCCCCCUGGAAUGUCUAAAGCAGAUGCUGAGACAUUAAGUAAGGAAGAUCCAGCAGAAUAUUUACCUCAGCCUCUACUCUUCAAGCACAAGCAGGUGGAGCGAGACUACGGCACCUUGCUAUCUACAUACAGUAGCUUUAAGUCUCUUCCUGAAGCUCUUGGAUUAGAGCAAGAAGAGUGGCCCCAGCAGCUUCCUCAGAAUGCUAAACCACAUAACCACCCCCAGGAUGUCAAUACUCAGGGACGCUCAGAUCCAGUUAGAUCACAGGACGUCGCACAAAAAGGAAGACCUGCAGUUCACUCAACAUCGGUCAGACCACAGGAAGCCAGGCAAGAUACAAGACCAUUAGAUCCUAUCACAUCUGUUAAGUCACGGGAUCAUGAGGACCAUUUACAGACUGUCAGUUUGCCUGACCACCCCCUUCAUAGGCUGGAACAGCACACAGGUGGUCACCAAAACCAUCCAAUAACGUCUACACCUCAGGCGCAUCAACCAACAGAGCGCUCCUUCAACAACCUGAAUGACGUAGGCCGCCGGACCAGUGCUGGACGCACACCAUCACGUACAGAGUUACGCAGAUCGUCUUCUGUAUUAAGUGGACAAAGAGUCUGUCCCGAUGAAGAAAAACCAUCAGCCUUGAGAAGGAUGUCGCAUGGCUCCAAAACUUUCCCACAGCGUGUUUCUCUGAGUUCUUCAUUACCCCAUGCAAGAGAGCAGCACUCCAGGAUCCCCACAGCCGUGCCCUUCUGUCACCGAGGAGAGCGCACGCAGCCGACAAAGAGACCGCUGAGGGCUAACGGAAAUAUUGCACAGAGAAUUUUGUCCCCAGAAACUGACAGUGGGUUUCUAGGAUCAGAAAGUGGUCGGUCCCAACUCAUCCGAAAGCAGAGAGAUCAGCUCAGCCUCACGCGAGAAGAUCCAGAAGAAGUGCCAGACUCCAACUCCAAUUUGCCAAGUAAAGGCGAGAGACGGUCGUCUGUUGACUGCAGAACACGCAAGGCAUUAUGGGACAAGAGAAAACCAAAGAACCAUUGGACAGGUCCCUCAGAAGCUAGCUCGCCUUCUCCUGGCCCCAAGAGCCUCACUGAAAGUGAGAGCAGAGAACACACGGAUGAAUCGGGCUCUGAACAGGAAGCAUAUAAUGAUGUCAGUGCUGAACCUUCUCCUGGUGCCUCCCAGCUGCUCUCACCUAUGGAAGACCUGACCCAGCCUCUUGAAGACGUUCUGCAUUCCCGUACAGCAAGAGACCAGGCGAUCCACAGUCUGCAGAAGGAAGUCAGUCAGCUGCGCAAGCAUCUUGAAAACAGCUUGCAUCGCUCACCGAUCCGAGGGAAACAGACAGCGGCAAAUCAGAACCUACAUGAGGGGAGAGUUCCUAAUUUCGUCUCUGACCUGGGUACCCCUAUCUCUAGACGUGGGCCUCCAGUGAAGGAAUCAAGGGAAGAACACUUGUUGGGCAGUUUUGUGCCACGUGACCACGAAUCUGGUUCUUCAGACGCACAAGGUGGACGAAGCAUCCGGGGAGCUUAUACAGGGAGUCAAUAUCAAGUGUCAAGAUCCCCUCCUCCUCAUCACACUGAGCAUUUUACUGUGCCGCCAUGUCAGAGAUGUCAAGAAAAUGAAAGGAAGAAUACCGAAUCCUCGAAACCAUCAAAGAAGGAGAAAACCCCUCCACUAACACCACCAGACUGUCCGCUCUGCCAUGGGAAUGAUGACUCUGAUGACGCACCGAGAACUGGAAUGUUUACUUCUGAUUAUAAACGGCGUUCUCGGAGACGUCCACACUGCAAGCAUUGGAUCGUGAGCCAUACUCCACCAGUGAGCUAUGUACAGACCCCUAUUGUGCAUUACAGCCCUCCAAUAGUAUAUGGUACGCCGGCCAGUUUGUACCCCCCUAUGGUAUAUAACCCGCCUGAGCUACGUCGUCCACAUUCUGUCACUCCUCCACCGAGCUCAGAUAUCUUACAGCUCGUUGAUUUAAUGUGGCCUCUUAGCAAGGCACUCGAAGCAGCCAAAGAACUGAAAAGCACCAGCAGGCGGAUGUGCCGAUCUCUUACUAUGGAUCUCAGCGCGCAGCGGGACAUUCGGGGCUCCUGCCUUUUCUAGAUUGGAGAAAUUACCGUUACCUAGUGCCUGGAACUGAAGUUAAAUCUGUGAAUCAGCUUUAUGGCUAUAUUUUUUUUUAACUUAACAAUGUAUGUACUUGUGUCUGAUGAUUAAGAAAAAUCUCUAAAAAUGCAGAUUACUCCUCAAAAAACCUAAUUCCAAAUGUAUCCAUGCACUCCCAACCAGUCACAAGAACGGGGGUCCUGUGUCCCCCUGGUGGUCAAGCAUGCGCACUGCCACUCUAUUCGUCCCAUAGAAAAUAAGUGAAUAAAGUGGGAGCGUGCACUCCUGACCGGCGCUGCAUUCAUACAGGACUACACAGGACCUUAUUCUUGUGAUUGGUGGGGGUCCCAGUGGUCAGACCACCCCUGAUCAGACAAUUAUCCUCACGAUAAAGAAUAGUAUAAACCUUGGCACGGUCCCUUUAAACUGGAAAAAAUGAAAGCCACUCUGUGAUUGGUUGCUACGGCCAGACAGCUGUGAUAAAUACUGGCCGGGUUUUCCGGGAGGUUAAUGUUGAUGUCUUAUCCUCAACAUAGGUCAUCAAUAUCUGAUCAGUGGGGGUCUGACCCUCUGCACCCCGCCAACCAGCUGCUUGAAGACAACAGAGCGCCAUGGCCUCCUCACAGCUUACCAAGCACAGCGCCAUCCAUUGUAUAGUGGCUGUGCUUGGUAUUGCAGCCGAGGCCCAUUCAUUUCAAUGGAACUGAGCUGCACAUAGUCCAUGUGACCACUGAACGUGACAUCAGUGGCCUAGGAAGAACCCACGGGGUUCACCGGAGCUCCACAACCUCUUCAAACAGCUGAUCAGUGGGGGUGCCAGGAUUUGGACUCCCACCGAUCCUAUGGAUAGGCCAUCAAUAUUAAACACUCGGAAUGCCCCCUUAAUACAUGUUACAUAGCGUGUUUCUGGGAAAGCUGGGAGACCACUCCUAUGGCAGCUAUUACAUCUUUCACCUCUGUUGUCACCAAUGUCUCCUGAAUGACAGACCCGUCUAUGUAGCAGUAUAACCGUCUAUUUUGCUGGUUUGAGGACUCAAGGAGAGCCUGAUGACCACACCUCUGGUAGCUGUAAUGGUGGCCACAUUGGUUAUCACCCCAAUUCAAGGACAUCAUUUUUUUUUUUAAUUUCAGGGAAUUACCGUAUGCUUUUAAAAAUAUCAUAAUGACUUUUUGGACAAGUACUAAAGAGUAAUCAGGUUCUUAUCAGAUAGUAAAGAGCCUUUUGCACAUGAAGGUCCAAGAUGUUGGCACCUACUAAGAACAAACCUGUAUGGUCUCGAUCUCCUCAUUCCUUACCUCUUGGAAUUGUCAGCAGGCCCCUGCUACAGUUUAUUGGAUUUGUAUGUAGGUCAUUAUUCUUCAUAGACUAAUUAAAAAUAAACUAGGUUCCCAUUCCAUUAGGAAAGACAAAUAUCAGUAUUGUAAAGCUCUCACCCCUGGGCGUCAGCUGCUUUCACUGCAGCUGCCAGGCAUUGAGCUUCACUGUAGUACAUGCAUGUUUCUUAGGCCUCAUGCACACGGCCGUUGUUUGGGUCUGCAUCCGAGCCACCGUUUUGGCGGCUCGGGUGCGGACCCAUUCACUUCAAUAGGGCCACAAAAGAUGCGGACAGCACUCCGUGUG